AUGCCACGCUCACUCCAGCUCGUCAACAUCGAAGGCGCCAAGCCCGGCAAAGUCUACUACCCCAUCCAGGUGAAGCAGGUCCCCAAGCCCACGCCCGGCCCUCACGACGUCCUUGUGCGCAUGACCGCCGCCGCCCUCAACCACCGCGACCUCUUUAUCCGACAGCACCUCUACCCCAACAUUGACCCCGCCAAGCCGCUGCUAGCCGACGGCUGCGGCGUCGUCGUCGAGGUCGGGUCCGGCGUCGCCCACCCAGCGCGCCUCCUGAACCAGGCCGUCAUCCUGACGCCGAGCCGGGGCUGGGACCGCGACCCGCAGGGCCCCGAGGACCCGUCGCGCUUCGUCAUUUGCGGCAGCCAGCAGGGCACCGACGCCGGCUGCGCGGCCGACUAUGUCGUUGCGCCCGCCGCCGAGGUCGAGCUCAUGCCGCCGCACCUAUCCCCCGUCGAGGCCGCCGCCCUGCCGCUCGUCGGGCUUACGGGUUGGCGCGCGCUCGUGACCAAGGCCGGCAUCGACGGCCCCGGCAAGAACGUGCUCAUCACGGGCAUCGGCGGCGGCGUCGCCCUGCAGGUCCUGCAGUUCGUCGUCGCCAUGGGCAGCAACGCCUACGUCACGUCGGGCGACCAGGCCAAGAUUGACAAGGCCGUGGCCAUGGGCGCCAAGGGCGGCGUCGUCUACAAGGAGCCGCGCUGGGGCAGCACCCUCAAGAAGACGCUGCUGCCCAAGGGCCGCCCGUUUCUCGACGCCGUCAUUGAUGGUGCGGGCGGAUCCGUCGUCAACGAGACGGCGUCGGUGCUGCGCCACGGCGGCAUCAUUGCGCAGUACGGCAUGACGGUCGGCCCCAAGAUGGAGUGGCUGAUGAAGGCGGUGCUGGCAAACAUUGACCUGCGUGGGAGCACCAUGGGCUCGCGGCAAGAGUUUACAGACAUGGUGGAGUUUGUCAAUAAGCACAAGAUUAAGCCCGUCGUCAGCCAGAGCAUCCGCGGCUUGGGCAACCUCGACCAGAUUAACGGUCUGUUUGACGUCAUGGCUGCUGGCAGCCAAUUCGGAAAGCUUGUGAUUGAGAUUGAUGACGAGAGUGCAAAGCUGUAA